GCGGGGCCACGGGUUCGCUCCCGGCCGCGCCCUCUGGCGACCCCGACGCCCCAGAGGGUCCCCGCACGGCGCGCAGAGCGGCUGCGCAGAGCCUGGCCUCCGCCUUAAGCAGCUAACUUUGCGCACGGUGCGGAUGCGGGGACCCUGCCCGUGGGGGCGCCUGUGGCAGGGGUGGGUGAGGGGCGGAAGUGGCAAAACCGAGAGCAACAGGAAAUGACUUAGGGAAAGUCCCGACCGCAGCCCCCAGCCCCUGGUCGUGAGCACCCCACCCUGCGGCGGGGGAGGGCUCCUGGGGCCCCACCGAGCGACUUCCCCUUGCAGAACCCCGCGGGUGCCGAGCUCUGCCCGGGGCCUCCCUCACUUCCGAAGAGCCAUGUUCCAGGCUGCAGGAGCCGCCCAGACCACCCCCUCGCAUGAAAGCACGGGCGGUGGCGGCGGCAGCACUGUGCAGCGCUCCAAGUCCUUCAGCCUUCGGGCCCAGGUGAAGGAGACCUGCGCCGCCUGCCAGAAGACAGUGUACCCCAUGGAGCGGCUGGUGGCCGACAAGCUCAUCUUCCACAGCUCCUGCUUCUGCUGCAAGCACUGCCAUGCCAAGCUGAGCCUGGGCAGCUACGCGGCUCUCCAUGGCGAGUUUUACUGCAAGCCCCACUUCCAGCAGCUGUUCAAGAGCAAAGGCAACUACGAUGAGGGCUUCGGCCGCAAGCAGCACAAGGAGCUCUGGACCCACAAGGAGGUGGACCCUGGCGCCAAGACAGCCUGAGGCCCGCCGUCCUCCGCGCGCGCUCUGCGGAGGGCCUGAACUGGGCCUUUGGGAGGGCGGCAGAGGGUGGUUUCAGGCCGGGCCGGGUGGCAGGGUGGCAGGGCGACGCUCCUCGGGCCGAGGUGCCAGGUGCGGGGCUCCUUCCUUCUCGCAGG